AUGACAAUGAGUAAAUGAUCCAGUGAUUCUUGAGUGUACUGUUCCUUUAAGUAGAUGUUGUUAAUUUGGAUUAAUCGGUACUUGGUUACCUAACUACGCUGUAGCAUGAAAACAGUGAGGUACAGUAUGACCUGACAGUUCAGGAAACGACUGAUUUAUGUAAUCAAGCACUUACUGCAUGAAAUACUCUGGAUCUCAAAGAUGCCAACCAUUGCAUUGCAGUCAGGCUCAUCCAUUACCGCGUCAGGACUCGCAGUUGGCAGUGGUAAUGCUGGCCACAGGUAAUUAUGCCAUCGAUUAAUUGUCAGAAAGAAAGAAAGAAAAAAAAAACACCCACCUCUUGCACUUGCUGUUACCGUGGUGCGCUCGAGCAGCUCUAAUAGUGUAGUAGUUGUAGUACCGCGUGCCGCAUCGUUUCCUCGUGAUUUGUGGGGAGUUGUGCCAACGCGUGCGCGAAAUGGACUUACUGGGGAAUGGAAGCAACAUUUACCACACUUAUCACGUUAUUGUCGACACAUUUCUCCUCAAGGCUGAUGGUUUUGGCGGGGAAAAAGAGCGUGAAAAAGUGCCCCGCGCGCUCUUCGAUUCAACAUCUUCGCGUUUCCCUCCGAAAAACCAUAUUUACGACGCAAAACAAAGAUGAAAUAAAACAGAAUAGGCUGUUUGUUAGUCGAAUGAAAGGGGCAGGGUGGAAAAGCGGGGGUUAAAUAUUAAAAGCACACACUAAGUAGAAAAUAACAUUGGCUUAAGUAUCAAAAAAUGUAUUUUCUUGAAUAUAGCCAGAAUAAAAUGGAACGUAAACCUGACAGUUAAAGAAAAAAAAGGAUUUUAUUUGUAUUAAUUUAUUUUUAAAACGAACAUUAGCUGUGGAUUUCAUAUUUUAAAUCUAAAUUUGAUAAACGACCAUUGUGGUAAAAUAAAAAGCAUUGGAGAUCUCCACUGUAUUACUGUAGUGUAAAUCAUAGUAUUACUCUAGUGCGCACAGAUUUGAUCUGAACCAGAUCAUCCUCAUUAGGACAGCGGGCAUCAAACAUCCCACAGCGGAUAGACUGGAGAUCUGCCUCACAAAAAGUCUCCCCCAUAUGGUCGCUAAAUGUCUUUAUUUGCAUUUAGCCCGCUGUAUCUUUCACUGAAGCAUAAAUUAAUGUGAUUCACGGGACGAGAGAUUUGGCGCAGCGACCCAAAGGAUGAGCUGAUGCUUCACCCGCAACAUGGAAAAGCAGGAGGACACACUGCUGCAUCCCAGAAAUGAAACACAACCACGAGUCUUUGGAAAUGCAAAGGAUUUUAGCGUGCAUCUGAACACUUUAUAAGUGGAUUUAUAUGGAUAAACAUUCAAUGGGAUGGAGACGGAGAUGGACGGAGAACUACUUUAUUAAGCACGAGGAAGAUCGGAGUGUCCUAAAGCAGCAGCUCUUGAGGAUCCGUGCCUUUGAUAGUGAGAAAUGGAUCAAGUAAGCUGGAGGUCUUGGAUUGUCCAGAAGGCGCAGCUCUAGAGGAUCCAUGUCAUUGCAUUGGUCGCUGUCCACUGCGCCCGUGGUGCUGAAAUCUGGAUGAUGCCGGCGCAGCGACUGCAGGGCUGCCGCUCCCUUCACAUUAACGAAGACAAUGGGCGCUUUCUGCUGCUGGCCGUGCUCAUCAUCGUGUACCUGCUGUGUGGCGCUGCGGUGUUUUCCGCCAUCGAGAGGCCGUCCGAGCUACGAGCACACCGGCGCUGGAACCGGACCCUCCUGAACUUUAGCGAUACGUUCAAUAUCAGCUUGCAGGAUCUGGGCUCCUUACUGAAAGAGUACGAGGCUGCGAUUGCUGCUGGAGUUCGGGUCGAUGCUCUUCGACCCAGAUGGGAUUUUACAGGGGCGUUUUAUUUUGUUGGGACAGUGGUGUCUACUAUUGGAUUCGGGAUGACCACCCCUGUGACAGUAGCUGGAAAGGUUUUCUUGAUCUUCUACGGUCUGUUAGGUUGUGCGGCCACUAUCCUGUUCUUCAACCUCUUUCUGGAGCGCAUCAUUACCCUUCUGGCCGUGGUGAUGAAGGCCGUGCGUCUGCGCCGUCUGCGGACCAGCGGCCUCCUCCCGCCGGGGAUCUGCCAGGACUUCGCGGCGAGUACGUUGCCCGGUUGGAAACCCUCGGUGUACCACGUGAUGCUCAUUCUGGGUUUGUCGGCCAUCGUGAUCUCCUGCUGCGCCUCAGCCAUGUACACUCCAGUCGAAGGUUGGGCAUAUCUGGACUCGCUGUACUUUUGCUUCGUCACUUUCAGCACGAUUGGUUUCGGAGAUUUGGUGAGCAGCCAGAAUGCUGCGUACGGCUACCAAGGACUUUACCGGUUGGCCAACUUCAUCUUCAUCUUGACUGGAGUAUGUUGCAUCUACUCGCUCUUCAAUGUCAUCUCCAUCGUCAUCAAGCAGGUCCUCAAUUGGAUGUUGGAGAAAAUGAGUUGCUCGUGCUGCCAGCACUGCAACAAAGCCAACACUUUCUUGGGACGCCGCAACGCCAUCAGGCCCGGCUCGCGCCUCAGACGCGGACGCUUCGGCCGGACGCCGGACUCGGACGGGCCUCGUGAUAGUGACACAGAGGGACGCAGGCUCUCGGGCGAGAUGAUCUCCAUGAGGGACUUGACGGGAUCCAAUAAAAUCUCACUGGCCAUUAUGCAGAAACAGCUGUCGGAGUCAGCGAACGGAUAUCCCAGAACAGUGUGCGGAAGCUCACGGCAGAACGGCUUUUCCGGUGGCGUCGGUGCUUUGGGCAUCAUGAACAACCGAUUAGCAGAAACCAGUGACUCUAGGUAGAGAUAACCUUUGUAAGCAACGCAAAAACAUUUGUUUUAAGUGGUAAAACCUCCAACUCUCUCUGGACGUCGAGCGGUUUGGGUUUGCGAUUUACAUUUUUGAGCUUGUGUAGAACAGCAUGGCAUGCAUGAACUGUGUAGGAUAUCCUGUAGGGUUUUUGGAACGUGACUUGCUACGGCGUAUGCUAAGAAUGCGUGCUAGGAAGUAACAGUGCACUCAAAUCAUGUUGGAAAGAUCGUAUUUACUGUAUAAGUUGAUCGCACAUGAGCACCACUGCAAAGUCACAACUACGAGUGGGAAAUGAGAAAAGACCCGUGUUGGGAUCGUGUCAGUGAGAAAACAAGUCAGAUGCAAUGAAUGCAGCAUCUGCAUUAAUGGCUCAAAUUAAUGAAAUUAUAUUUUUAAUCUAAGUUGCAUGCAUAAAAUACCAUAGUACAGUGCAAUUACAAUACAAUUACAAUUGAAUAAAAACAUAAAAAGCAAAAACAUACAUGAUGCACAUUCUUUAGUCAUAACACAGCUUGAAGCAUUUAUGCAUAAUGCAUUAUAAAGUGUUCAAAAUGUAUUCAGAUAAUAUCUUUUCAUAAAAUGCAUUAUAAUAUUUGAAGGUUCCUUUCCUUAUAAUGCAUUAUAACUGUGUUAUAAUGCAUUAUAAUUUCUAAAGGUGUAACAAUGAAUAGAUAUCAUGUAUUAUAACUGUAACUACAGUUAUUCAUGAGAUCAUACAGUGCAUUACAAUGCAUUAAAAUACUUUUAUAAAGCAUUAUAUAUAAAGGGUUCAAGGAUAUUUGAAUGCACGUGAAAUCGUAAUUACGGCUUCCCAACUCAUAAAUAUGAAUUCCCAGGAGGAUUUGAAUGCACCUUAAGUAACUUUGCAUAUUCUAGUAAAUAGACGCAACAAACCCUGAUUACCUGAAUCAUAUUUUCUAGAAUUUGUAGACGAUACUGUGCUACAGGAACUAACCCUAAACAAACGCUCUGAAGUUAGACUUGACUACCAGUGGCUAUUUAUAGGAGAUGAGUAGAGCUUGUCUAAUCUCAAAUAAGUAAAAGUAGCACCAUAUUUACUUACAGCACACUCGAUUUACAACUAUGCACCAUCUCCAUGUCUCAAACAUAUUCAUUGUUAGUCUUGGGCUGCAUCUCAGUUUGCAUACUUACGCUGUGCACUAAAAGUAUGUACUUCACCGCUCAAUGGAAACUCCAUACUCAGUAUUUGGACAAUUGGACAAUGUCUCAUAAUUGCACAGCGUCCCUUAUUAUGUACAGUUUGUGUCUUAACAUCCAGCUAAAUUCAGUACCUGCAUUAUUAUGUAACUUUUAGGUUCAUGCAACUAACAAAAUGUUUUAAUCUAUCAUUCUUUGGCACUUCUUUUUGACAAAAAGUCAAAAGAGUAUUGUUAAAAACUCUCCUCUUCCAUAAUGCAACACUACAAAAAUUAUUAUUAUUUAUCACGUUUUAUGGUUAAAACAUCUAAAAAUCCUUAAAACAGCAUAAAUUUACUUAGCAACACUGCAUAACAUAUCACAACUAACUGAACUGGCAGAUUUUUCAGUUUUUUUAAAUAAUAUAAUUUUUUAUAGUUGGGAAAAAAUCUGCCAGUGCAGUGACACAAUAUACAAAGAAGCAACACAAUACAUAUAUCUCAAUAUCUUAUAAAUCUCAUAUCUCAUUCAAUGUUGCUUCGCAAGUAAAUUUAUUAUGUUUUAAGCAUUAUUGGAAAACAAAACAAAACUACUAAUUAAUUAUUAUUAUUAUUAUUAUUACAAAAAAUUCUUAUCAGUCUUAUGAGUCGUCUCAACACCACUUUUGCCCUAGAACACUAUUGAGGAUGGAUAUGUGAGCUAGUAUGCAGCAUUAAUUAAAGUCAAAUGUAGAACAAGGCUUAUUUCUAUAGCUGCAAACGAUGACUUUACAAUAUGCAGAUUAGAGGGUUGGGAGGUUGGGAGUUUGUACAGUAUAAGCGAAUGCGUUUACUGUACCCUUUCAAAGCUGUGUUGCUGUCAGUAGGGAUCUCAUGGCAAAGAGAAGCCACUGUUUGAAAAAUUCAGCUGAGGGUUUUACACCCUCAUAGUAAUAUGAUGAGAUACACCAAUGUGCUGAGCAGCAGAACUUCAAAGCCAAACUAUGUUGUUCCCCAAAGAGGAGAGAGGAGGAGCUGAAGUCAGAGACAGACAGAGUGAAGGAGAAUAAAGUGAAGAAGCCCUGAGAGAGAGAGAAUAUGAGCCAUCUAUCAGCGCAGAACUAGACUUCCAGCGGAGCUCGUGUUCAUCUGUCAGACCUCUGCAGACCGAACAUUAGUGCCCUCAACCCCUCCUCUAUCAUUUUAUUAACACUGUCUAUAUAAAAUCCUCUCAGAUGGUGUUUGCUACACCUGCCCUAGCUUGGUAGGAUGCGUAAUAUCAUGCCUGGUGUUCAACAAAAGAAGCUCUGUUCAUACAGAGCAGUCUUAGUUGUUGAAUAACCAUUUAGAAGAAGUUUAGGGAAUUAUGCAAUGCUUUAUUCAGUGUUCCUGCGGGUCUGAAAAAGCCCCCUGAAAGCCACAAAUGAAGGCCUUUAGUCAGAGCAGAAAGUCUUAAAUUCAUAAAUGCAUGACAUUAAAUGUUGCAGGCAUUGCAAAAAA